UCUGGCUACUUCGCCAGUAUAUAUCAAAUCUUCUUCUAAAUUUCUUCUCCCAAUUUCUUCUCUCUAGGAUAGAAGAGAAAGAGCAACAAACUAAUUGUAAAAAUAAAGAAGUUUUCACGACUUCAUCUUCCAUACUUGCUACUUUUCACAGAAUCCAAAUCCAAGAAAAGAAAACAUGGAUGGUACGGAGAAUGCAAGAACUUCAAGGAGUAGGUCAGGCCAUAAUAACCUGGGCAGUAGCAUUAGGAGCAGCUUGAGCUGGACUACUAGGAGAAUGGAAGAUGUUUUCGCGAGAGCAAGCCAACUGUCUGGAAAUAGUACUCCAGCUGAGGAAGAGGAAGAAGCACUUAGAUGGGCUGCUAUAGAGAAGUUGCCAACUUAUAAACGUUUAAGAACAAGUAUCAUCAAGUCUUUUGCGGAGAGUGGUGAUCCUCAGGGUCAGGGACAUGGCAACCGCCACGAGUUUGCUCCAAGAGAAGUUGACGUGAGAAAGCUUGAAAUGGAUGACCGGCAGAAGUUCAUUAAUGCAGUCUUUAAGGUUGCCGAGGAGGACAAUGAGAAGUUCUUGAAGAGGUUUAGAAAUAGGGUUGAUAAGGUUGGUAUCCAACUCCCGACUGUGGAAGUUACGUUUGAGCAUUUAAACAUCCAAACCGAUACCAAUAUGAGUAGCAGAGCUCUUCCAACUCUAACAAAUGUGGCUCAAAAUAUAGCAGAAUUAGCUCUUGGUAUGGUUGGCAUUAGAUUCUCCAAGAGAACCAGACUCAAUAUCCUUAAAGAUGUCUCUGGAAUUAUUAAACCAUCCAGGAUGACCCUUUUAUUGGGCCCACCUGCUUCUGGGAAAACAACUCUCUUACUUGCAUUGGCUGGAAAAUUGGACCCAAGUUUGGAGGUUAGUGGGGAAGUAAGUUACAAUGGGUACAAACUGAAUGAAUUUGUGCCCAAGACCUCUGCAUAUAUUAGCCAAAAUGAUGUUCAUGUAGCAGAAAUGACUGUAAAAGAAACCUUAGAUUUCUCAGCAAGAUGUCAAGGGGUCGGAAGUCGAUAUGACCUUCUGAGCGAACUUGCAAGGAGGGAAAAGCACGCAGGAAUUUUCCCUGAAGCCGAAGUAGACCUUUUCAUGAAGGCAACUGCAAUUGAAGGAGCUGAAAGCAGUCUGGCUACUGACUACAUUCUCAAAGUACUGGGGCUUGAUAUAUGCAAGGAUACAAUUGUUGGAGAUGAGAUGAUUCGAGGAGUAUCUGGUGGGCAGAAGAAACGAGUAACAACAGGAGAGAUGAUCGUUGGACCAACCAAGACAUUGUUGAUGGAUGAGAUAUCAACCGGCCUAGAUAGCUCCACAACAUAUCAAAUUGUCAAGUGCUUGCAACAGAUUGCCCAUCUGACAGAUGCCACUAUCUUUAUGUCCCUUCUUCAGCCAGCCCCUGAGACUUUUGAUCUUUUUGAUGAUGUAGUACUCAUAUCAGAAGGUCAAAUUGUCUAUCAAGGUCCAAAAAAAUAUGUAGUUGAAUGCUUUGAGAGCUGUGGGUUCAAAUGUCCCGAGAGGAAGGGAACUGCUGAUUUCUUGCAAGAGGUAACUUCCAAACAGGAUCAAGCACAGUAUUGGGCAGAUAGAAGUAAACCAUACCGCUAUAUUCCUGUUCCUGAAUUUGCAAAUAGGUUCAAGAAGUUCCAUGUUGGGGUGCAGCUGGCAAACGAGCUCUCGGUGCCUUUCAAUAAGUCACAAGGCCACAAAGCAGCAUUAGUCUUCACAAGAUAUUCAGUACCAAAACUUGAACUUCUUAGGGCCUGCUGGGAUAAAGAAGUGUUAUUGAUCAAGAGAAACUCAUUCUUUUAUGUCUUCAAGACAAGUCAGAUUAUUAUCGUAGCGUUCCUUGCAUCAACAAUGUUUCUGAGGACUAGAAUGCAUCACAGGAAUGAACAAGAUGGAAUGCUCUACAAUGGGGCGCUUCUGUUUUCAGUUAUCACCAACAUGUUCAAUGGUUAUCCUGAGAUUUCACUCAUGAUCGCCCGGCUUCCAGUUUUCUUCAAGCAAAGGGACCUCUUACUAUAUCCAGCUUGGGCAUUCACCAUUCCAUUAGUCCUGACAAAGAUACCUAUGGCCAUUUUUGAGACUACUGCUUGGAUGGCCGUGACAUAUUACCCCAUAGGAUUUGUACCAGAGGCUGAAAGGUUUUUCAAGAAAAUGCUGGUGGUAUUUCUGAUCCAUCAAUUGGCCGCUUCACUGUUUAGGCUCAUUGCAGGGGUCUGCAGGACCAUUGUUGUUUCCAACACCGGUGGAAUGUUUGCCCUAAUGUUUGUGGUGUUUCUCGGAGGUUUCACCCUUCCUAGAACUCAAAUUCAUAAGUGGUGGAAGUGGGGUUACUGGGUUUCACCUUUGACAUAUAGUUACAAUGCCCUUGCUGUAAACGAAUUUUAUGCUCCCAGGUGGAUGAACAGAUUGGCUUCUGACAAUAUUACCAGAUUGGCGGUGGCAGUGCUUGAAAGCUUAGAAGUCUAUCGUAAUAACAAUUGGUAUUGGAUUGGUGCAGGAGGUCUUCUGGGGUUCAUUAUCCUUUUUAAUGUUCUCUUCACCCUGGCACUCACUUACCCAAACCCUCCGUCAAGCCCACAAGCGGUAAUUCCUGAAGAUUCAGCUGAUGAGAUGGAAAGUAACAGAGAAACGGCAAUCCGAGGAAUCAGCAGUGAGUCGAAUUCCAGUAGUACAAAUAGAAAUGCUAAUUCAACCCGAGAAGCAGCCAAGAAAGGAAUGGUUCUUCCAUUCACACCUCUAGCAAUGUCAUUCAACAAAGUGAAUUAUCAUGUUGACAUGCCUCCCGAAAUGAAGGUGCAAGGAGUUACAGAGGACAAGCUCCAAUUGCUUCGAGAAGUAACAGGUGCAUUUAGGCCUGGAGUUUUGACUGCUCUAAUGGGAGUUAGUGGAGCUGGAAAGACAACAUUGAUGGAUGUUUUGGCUGGAAGAAAAACUGGUGGAUACAUUGAAGGUGAUGUCAGGAUCUCAGGAUUCCCCAAGAAACAAGAAACUUUCGCCCGGGUCUCUGGAUACUGUGAACAAAAUGAUAUACACUCACCCCAAAUCACAGUCAGGGAGUCCUUGAUUUAUUCAGCUUUCCUUCGACUUCCAAAAGAAAUUGAUACAGAAGAAAAAAUGAUUUUUGUGGAUCAAGUGAUGGAACUGGUAGAGUUGGACAAUCUCAAAGAUGGUCUCGUAGGGCUGCCAGGAAUUACUGGGUUGUCGACAGAACAGAGAAAACGAUUGACAAUUGCCGUGGAGCUUGUUGCUAAUCCCUCAAUUAUUUUCAUGGAUGAACCUACAUCUGGUCUUGAUGCAAGGGCAGCAGCCAUUGUCAUGAGGACCGUGAGAAACACUGUGGAUACUGGUAGAACUGUCGUCUGUACAAUUCAUCAGCCUAGCAUCGAUAUAUUUGAAGCCUUUGAUGAGCUUCUACUGAUGAAAAGAGGUGGACAAGUAAUCUUCUUUGGACCACUGGGUCGAAAUUCUCAAAAGAUUAUAGAAUAUUUUGAGGCGAUUCCUGGAAUUCCCAAAAUUAAGGAGACAUACAAUCCAGCUACCUGGAUGCUAGAAGUGAGCUCAGUAGCAGUUGAAGCACGACUUGGAAUUGACUUUGCCGAGCAUUAUAAGUCAUCAUCUUUGCAUCAGCAAAACCAAGCUUUAGUGGAGGAGUUAAGCAGACCACCACAAGGAGCUAAAGACCUCUAUUUCACCACUCAAUAUACUCUGUCUAUGUGGGGGCAGUUCAAAUGUUGCCUCUGGAAGCAAUUCAAAACUUACUGGAGAACUCCUGAAUAUAACCUUGUUAGAUUAGUUUUCACUUUGGUUGCCGCUCUAAUAGUUGGAUCAAUUUUCUGGAGAGUAGGCACAAAAAUGAAGGACGCAACUCAACUUACAAUGAUAACGGGAGCCAUGUAUAUUGCUGUCAUGUUUUUUGGAGUUACUAACUGCCAAACAGUUCAACCGGUUGUAGCCAUUGAAAGAACCAUAUUUUAUCGAGAAACAGCAGCCGGAAUGUCCUCUGCAUUCCCUUAUGCCCUUGCACAGGUAAUUGCUGAAAUACCCUACGUGCUCACCCAAUCUUCAUAUUAUACACUUAUAAUCUUUGCCAUGAUCAACUUCAAAUGGACGGCGAAAAAGUUCUUCUGGUUCUUGUUUGUCCACUUUUUCACCUUCCUUUACUUCACAUUCUAUGGGAUGAUGAAUGUUGCCAUCACACCAAACGUCCACAUAGCAGCUAUACUAGCAGCAGCUUUCUAUUCACUCUUUAACCUUUUCUCUGGCUUCUGCAUCCCAAGACCGAGAAUCCCUGGGUGGUGGGUAUGGUAUUAUUGGGUUUGCCCAAUAGCAUGGACAAUCUAUGGUCUGAUUACCUCACAGUACGGGGAGGAUGAACACACCAUUAAAGUACCAGGCAUUUUGCCUGACCCUACUGUUAAAUGGUACUUGAAACACCAUUUCGGGUAUCACUAUGAUUUCAUGGGGGCAGUUGCUGCAGUUUUGGUUGGCUUCACAGUGUUCUUUGCAUUCAUGUUUGCCUUAAGCAUCAAGAUACUCAACUUCCAAAUUAGGUAGGGGAAAAAUUCCACGCAACGAAUUCUUCAUCUUCUCGCAUGUUUAACUAGGCAAGAAUAAUCUUCGCAAAUAUUAUGCUGUAUACCGUCAAAAAUAAAACUUCGUGCCAAAUUUACGAGAGUGUUGAUUAUGUAUUCCAAUGCUAGAUGUUGUUUCUGAUUGAAGGAUUUUGGUUUUCUGUAUUGAACCUAAGGGCUGAGAUAUAUAUCAGUUGUUAUAAAUAACAAUAAUGAGAACAAUUUGUAA